AUGCCCUCUUCUUCCCCUCACUUCUGCCCGCCAUCAUCAUCCAUCACCGCUCUUCCUCUCGUCAUCCCACAGCAUCCACCGGAGCAGCAAGCGCAAGCACACGCACACGCACAAGCACAAUCCAACAGAAAACCAGCACAGCACAGCACAGCCGGGGAACCUCCCGUCCACGUGUUGCCGCGCUCACAUUGGGCGCCUGGCUGGAAACCCGGUGUGAUGAGCUCUGCUCUGUGGCCUCUGGAUGCAGAUGCAGCUGCAGCUUCUCAAGCACGCAUGCAGCCCGUCCAGCCGCCUCUUGGUCUCCCCGCCCGCUUCUCAUACCCGAUCAUGCAAGAUCCAGAUUCCGCGUCUGCGGCCAGCGGUUCUCUGCGCUUUGCGGUGGCUGCCAACCCCCCCGUUCCCUCGUCUGGCUCCAAUCGAGCCCCCCCUUUGGCCGGCCUCGCUCACGACCGUCUUCCGUCCCUCUCCAGUUUCUCCUCUGGUGCCCCUCCAAGCUCCAAGGUCCGAGGCUGGGGAGGCCAGCAAAGCACCGCCAGAAUCAACAAAGUCGCGGCCAAGUCAGCGGCAAGAGGGUCGAUCUGGGGGCGGUUGGGAAGCGAGACGCCAGCACUGACACCAGCAUCAUCAGACAAGACCCGGCAAAAGAGACAAGUGACCAUGCUGAGGUGGGCUUAG